AUGAAAGCGUUGCGGUUCCGGCGGCGUCCGGUGAGCUCUCGUCGGCCCUUGAAAAUCCAGGGGAGAAGGUGUAAAUCUCGCGCCAGGCCGUACCCAUAUCCGCAGCAGGUCUCCAAGCCGCCCCGUCGCCCCCCCUCCUCCGCCGCCGGAAGCUCGGCCCGUCCGUGGGGGUCCUCCGCCGAACGGCAGGGGCUCUUGCGGGCGGUGUCCGCCGCCGGGCCCAGGGCGGACUGGUUGGAGGGGUCGGGUAUGUCGGUGGUGGCGGCGACUCUGGACGCGCGCCGGGCCCUUCUCGCGGAUCUCCCCAGCUACGGCGUCCGCCGGGUCCCGUUCGCGCGGGCGCCCGGCGGGAUUUCUCGGAACAUAGCCAUUCUGGCAACUUCGAUGAAGCUGGUACUGAACCCAGCAGACUCAAAAGGAAGACUGUCGUCCAAUGCCUGGGUUGACCUCAAGUUGGAGGAUCUUAUGGUGUUCAGGGCUUUUGCGGCCUCCCCCCUGGCCCGGUCCGCCGGGCCUUGGGGUUGGUCGUCUCAGCCGUGUCUACCUGGGUGCGGUGGCGGCUGGCGUAUGGCCGGGGUCUCAUUGGGGUGUUGGAAUGGCGGACAAGUCCCUACCACAGUUGUCCUGGCCAAACCCCGGUUUCCACACCCCGACGCUGGGGAAGAGAGGUGCCCAGCAAGCCCCCUCAAGUCUGCAGGUUGUGAAAAAACCAAGAUGGGAACUACCGAGGCGGCUCUCCACCCCUCCGCCACAGUUGCCACAUGGAGCCGUUAA